AUGUUCCUUGAUAAGGUCAAAGAAUACUUCAUCGAAAUCAUCGACGAGUGUCACAAGGAGUCUCUGCUCAAGGAAGAAAAACAGGAAUUCAUUGUCCUUGAGCGUGGAUUGGCCUCGAUUCCCCUUCCCGGCAUUGAUGUACCAUUCCACUCGCGCUACCUCUGGGCUGGUGUCAUGCCCUUCAAAGCCUAUCUCUCCAACAAGUUGAGCCCAGCUUACAUGAACCCUGAGCUUCUCAUUGACAAGUACAUUCUCAACUUGACCGCCAAGCCUUUCCAAAUCUCAAAGGCCUGCCCCGAACGAAUUUACCAACCAACUAACUACCCACGUCUCGAGAAAACGUUGAACAAUUGGGUCGAGGACGGCUGGGACCUGCCCAAAAAUCAAAGCAAACUUAUGUGA